AAACCAGUGUUGAAAUCCAAAGAACUGAGCCAUUUUCUUCCGCAAAGCAUUUUCUGGUUUUUGCCCCCAAAUCUUUCCAUCCCUCUCUCCAUCUCCUCCUUCAACGCCACCGUGAAAUCAGCCACGAGCCCGCCACCGGUACGUCCAGCCCCAUCUCCGGAUAUCCGGCCAAAAGUCACCGUGCGUUCUCCAUCUCCGGCUCGGCUCGACGAAUCCAACGACCCAAACAUCGUACCGUCACAAGCUGCCCCAGCCGAACCACCACCACCGCCGACCAGAGAAGCCCAUCCACCAGCAUAGGUCGGAAGAAUGGCAAGCUAUCUGCCGGAGGAUGUGGUUGUGAAGAUACUGUCGAGGCUGCCUCCAAAAUGUCUGAUCCGAUUCAAGAGUGUCUCCAAAAGAUGGCGUGCUCUCAUAGGAAACCCUGAUUUCCUUUCCAAAAACCUCCUCAAUCACUCCAUUCUCACCCAAAACCCCAGUCGUCCUCUCCGUCUUAUCCUCUUCUUAGCCACAGAGAAAUACGUCGCCGGAGAGCAAAUACACUUUUUUCACUCUUUCCGCUCUUACGACUCCCUUCGCUGCGCGUCUCAAGCCCCUAUGAAUUUUCCACCGUUAACACGACACUUUGAAAUCGUCGCUUCCUGUAAUGGCUUGCUAUGUCUCUGGGACCAAAAGCUAGACGACAUCUAUCAAUGGAAUCCGGCCACGUCAUCAGACCUUGAGGCUCUCCCGCGCGCGCCUUCUCGCUGUCACACCCGACGUAGAGUCCCUUUCUAUGAUUUUAGUGUGGGAUUUGGUUUCGACUCGGGAUCCAACGACUUCAAGGUGGUCACCCUUGUAGACACAGGUGAGGACGGAUGGCUAGAAGCAGAAAUAUACAGCCUAAGAUCUGGAUCUUGGAGACUGCUUGAUAUGAAAGUGAACUUUGAGAUGUUAAGCAUUUCGCAGACCGCAGCAUUGGAUGGGGUUUUUCUAUGGUAUGACGACUUCAGAUUCGGAGAUUGUGUGGCCGACGACAGAAUAGUUGCUUUUGACUUCACCGAUGAGGAAUUCCGAAUAAUGCAGUCUCCGGAUGCUCGCCUUUUUUGUGAUUACGGUCAAUACACGCGGACUCUCACGGAGUUGAAGGGAUCUGUUGCUAUGAUGGUUUUUCCUUAUGAUGACAGGAAAAAGAAUUAUUUGGAUAUAUGGGUUAUGCUGGAAUUUGGUGUUAGUGAGUCGUGGACUAGACUUCUUAUCAUUCAACUCCCAUUGCAUUUGGAAAGACCAUUGAUGUUUUGGAAGAAUGGGGAGUUGUUCGUGGAGAAUAGUGAGGGGCAGGUGGUAUUAUAUGAUCUUUUGGCACAAACAGAGAUGAAUCUUCAGUUUGGAGGGUCUCGGGUAACGUCAAAAGUUGUAGACUGCAAUUUUGUUCAGUUUGAAGACCAAUUCCAAGAGACCCAGGAUUUUAAUUGCCGCCCAUUUGGUUUUGACAUCAAUUUUAUGCUCAGCAACUUGCCCCAUGAUGUUCUUUCACUUCCUUGAUACUGGAAACGUUAUACACUCAAGCAUAUUGUUAAGAAGAUAGAGGCACAUUUGUUCUUCGUUGUUUUCUAAAAUGUCCACCAACGCCCAUUUGGAUCAUUGAUUGGUUGACAAUGAGUUUACAAGAUGGGUCUGAUAUGAAACUUUUCUGUUUGUUGUGCCGCAUGAUUGGUUAGUGUUUACUUAAUGGACUGUUCAUGUUUUCGCCUAUAUUCUAAGCAACCAAACAGAGAAUGGUUUUGGGAGCUUGUCCGAAUGGACAACCUUGAUGUAUGAACAUGUUUUAUAAUGACUUACUAGCUUGAUGAGCGUUAUAGUCAUCUAAACCAUUUACAUGGAUAUGGUUAUAGAAAUGGGGAGUGGUGUCAUACCUACCUUGUCAUGUUCAUCUCGGUUGCAUUACGCCACCCAGUCCAACGAGAUAGAGUAGAAAUUUUCAAAUUUCUGCUCCCGCUCGGAAGCGACACAAAUCCUACUGUGGGAUAUGAAAGAAGGUUUGUCAAAGAUGCAGGAAGAGAUAGAUAUGCUAAUGGCGCGUGUAAGGAGGUUAGAGAAUCUUUCCAAAGAAGGUUUGUCAAAGAUGCAGGAAAAGGCAGAUAUGCUAAUGGCAAUUGUAAGAAGGCCUGGAGAGAGCUUUGAAUGUGAUCCAAGCCAAGGCAACCUGUGAGUGGGGUGUAGCUGCAAGUGAGAGUUCUAGAAAGAGUUAUUACUACCAUCUCUUGUAAUUAUCAUUUUUUGUUGAGUUUUCAUGAUAAUUGGAUUGUAGUGUGCAUUGGGUGUUGAGAUUAAUUUUGACUUGAUUAUGAGGGAAAGCAUAUAUGGUUGAUUUAAGUUGAUUACUGUAUUUGUGAAAACCUGUGUAUUGUGAUUUUUGUACGGGUAGACAAUAAAUCAUGAGUGAAAUUACAGAUA